ACUACUAUUUUCAAGGAUGGAAGAAAUGCAGAUGCACCUGAUGUUCUUCCUGAUGGGUACAAAGUGGAAAAGGGUGACGGAGUGUACUACUUGGCCUAUGCUAUGGGUCGAAUGUCAUCCAUUUGGGGGGAAGAUGCUGAGGAAUUCCGUCCUGAACGAUGGAUUAACAACGGAAUUUUCCAACCCGAAUCGCCAUUCAAAUUUGUAGCAUUCCAUGCUGGACCUCGUAUGUGCUUAGGGAAGGAUUUUGCAUACAGACAAAUGAAAAUAGUAGCAAUGGCUAUUCUUCAUUUCUUCAAAUUUAAAUUGGCAAAUGGGACACAAAAUGUGACUUAUAAGGUCAUGUUUACCCUUCACUUGGACAAGGGUCUCCCUCUCGAUGCAUUUCCAAGGUCAUGAUCACUCAUGAGUGAGGUGACAUGGAAAGCAUAGCAGCUCAUUAUGCAGAGUAUUUCUAGUGUUUUAGAUUUUUAUGGAGGGAGAGAAAAUUAAAUGUGGAGAAAUGUGAAAUUCGAACCCGAUCACUUUAAUAAUAUCCUCAAUAGCUACCAUUUGAGCUAUACUUAUGAAACUGCAAUUUUUCUAUUAUAAUUUAGAAACGAGAGGUAUUAUUUUAAAAUGUAUGAAAUAUUAGGUACAGUGGGGGGCCACAAUUUUAAAGCCCUUGUGAUAUUAAAGGUUUGCACCAA